AUGUACCUGGAGAUACAGAACAUGUUGCUGCACAGGUUACAACAUCCCCUGCAACAUCAGAAAGUUCACAUAGUUCUGAUGAGAUCCCACUCAAAGAUCGUGUCACCCAGAUUGCUAAAGGGAAAGAAGAUAGUGUCUAGAAAGAAGCCCCGUCAAGGAAGAAAAACCCAGAAGAAGGAGAAGGUUAGCAAGUCCAAGAGGAAGUCUUUCUCAGAUGCGGAAGUAGAAGUCUCUCCAAGGUUCAAGAGGAAGUGUACUGAAGCUACAAAACAGGGGGAGAAACCAUUAGUAAGUUCUAAGAAAGAAAAGAAGAAGAAUGCAACCCAACAGGCAAAAGACGGUGAUGAAGACAGAUUCCUUGAUAAAGCAUCCAAGAAGAAGUUUGAAUCUAGUGAAGAGAAAGGUAUUGUGGUUGAAAGAAUAAUUGAUGAGUUGGCAUUUGAGAAGUCUGGGCUGACUAAGUUAUUGCAAGAAAGGAGUUUGUACAAGUCUGCAACAUUUCCAGAAAGUUACACUUGCCUGAACAGAUUCCUGGAGUUUAAACCAGAGAUGAAGGGUAACUAUGAAGAAGGGCUGGAGCUGAAUGAGGAAGUGCUAAAAGAGAUUACUGGAGGAAGAACGGAGUCAUGGGGAGUAGAGUCAAGACUUCCAGCCUCCACCCUCACAGCCAAUUAUAAUAUUCUGUUUAGACUUGGCAUUCAGAAUUGGUUACCAGUCCCACACAACUCUAGCAUAGUAAAGGAACUCACACUGUUAUUGUUUGCUAUUGGAACUGGCAAGAAGUUUAAUCUGGGAAGGCUGAUCUUCCAAAAUAUUGUGAAAGAAGCUAACUACACAAGCUCCUCAACAUCACUUGGGUAUCCUGCAAUGCUGUCGCAGUAUUUGUUACAACAUGGAGUACAACUCAGGAAGGGAGAAGCAGUCACAGCAGUGAAGAAGCUGAAGAUUUCUCAGAAGCUGUUCAGCCCAGGUAAGAAAAUUGAUUUAUCUGUAGGAAGGGUGUCUCCACCACCAAUGCCUGAAGAUGCAGAAGAAGUGAAUCUUUUGGUUAAAGAAGAGUAUGAAAAGCUUUUGAAGGAACAACUAGAAGAUGUGGAAAGACGACAACGAUCAUUGUCUGCAAAACUAUUCAUCAUUGCCCGACAAAAGCAAAAAAUCUUAUCUCGCCUUGAAAUUCUUGAGAAGAAGAAGAGAGAAGCUGAUGCCAACAACUCAGGGGGUGAUGAAGACCAGGAAACCUGA